GGAUCCAGCAGCAGAACUCUGUGGUCAGUGGAUGGCAGAGAGCCAGUGCCAAAAGGGAAGCACGGGAAAUAGUGGAUCGCUGGCCUUGACAGCUGGAACCCACUGUAGGCAGGCAUCUCCCAUGGAAACCUGCAUUGGCGAGGGCGGCAGGGAGAGCAAGUGAGCAGACGAGGCUGGCACUUUCCUACCUGGAAAGCCCCGUGAAGAGGAGACCACAGAAAUGGGAGCUGGACGUUGGGGGAACCCUCUGCUGCUGCUGGCGGCCCUGGCGCUGGUGCUGGGUCGACAUCAACAGUGGCCUGGCUUCCAGGAUUCCGAGAGCCCAAGGAACGUGAACGCCACACUCACCUUCUUAUUGGACAACUACAACAACAAAAGCAAUGACUCCUACCUGUUCGGCGUAGACAAGCUGCUCCGCAGCCAGGUGCAGCUGACGACGGGCGUGGAGUACCUGAUUACUGUGAAGAUUAGCAGGACCAAGUGCAAGAGGAACAGCACGAAAAACCACUCGUGCCCCAUUCAGACCAAGAAGAAGCUGAAGAAGAGUUUCAUUUGCGACUUUUUGGUGUACACUCUACCCUGGAUGAACCAUUACCAGCUCUGGAAUAACUCGUGCCUGGAUGUAUAGAUGCACGUGUGCAAAGAUCCCUGAUGGAACCUGGG